AUGUCUUGUAUAUUAUAUCUUAAAUUUUAUAAUAGGUGCACUGAAGAUUACAGAGGAGAAACGUGUGAUAAAAAGAAGCUAGGAACAUGGAUUAUUGUUGGUAUUGUCCUUGGUAGUCUUGGUGGUGUUUUGCUGAUUAUAACUCUGAUCUGCUGUUGCUGUGUAGUUUGUAGUGGAAGGCAGCAAAAUGCAAUGUACCAGCAAGAGGUGAUACUGAAGAGACCCAAGUAUUUAGAGGAGAAUGUAUAUGAUAAUACAAAUCUAUCACCACGUUUCGGCCAUAUGUAUUAUGAUAAAAAUGUAACACCUGAAAAUCUUGGUGGCAGGUUCAAACAUAAUGGUCAUUUUUCAAGGCCAUAUAUUGUGACAGGAAAUGAACUUGAGAAUCUGGCUAAUCGUGAUAGAAUGUAUUACAACAACUUCAGUAUGAUGAAAUGAGCGUAAAAUGGAAAGCAGCAGGAUCACAUACGGUAUCAGAAUGAAGCUGAAACGAUAGCCAAAAUAACGUUUUACACCUAACAUCCAUCCUAAUUAUAACGUCCGUAAAUUAAUUGUACUGGUAUCCUAUCCAUCCAUAUUUAAUUGAAUACUGAAAGUAGUACAGAACUUAAAGUAUUUUAUGUGCAUGUUAUUAAUGCAAAUGCGUUAAAUCGUUCUUUAAAAAAUAAUUGAUUCCUCUGUUUCUUUAAAACUAUCUUUUGAAUUUUAUUAGAUUUGGUGUAACACCAUUGCCGUUUCAUUUUCUCUUUCCUUCACUAAUUUUAUUCUUUUUGUGUCUAUUACAGCUUGGUACUUGCUCUUGCCAACAUACCCCUUUACAUAAUAUUAAGUCAGUUUUUCAUUGGGAAAAAAAAUUAUUAAAACAAUUGUCCAUGUUAUUGUUUGAAAACAUAAUUUACUCAUUAUAUAUGGUAUUAGUAUUUGAUUAAGUGAAAGUUAUAUUUUCUAUGUGACUAAUAACCCUUGAUGCUAAAUUAGCAAUAAAUUAUUUUAAUAUAAUAAUGUUGAUACUCAAUAAAUAAGAAAUGAAUGUUAUACAGUAAAAAUUAAUGUUAUUAUUAAUAAUUUAAAAAUAAUUAAAACAAUUGUCCAUAUAUUGUUUGAAAACAUAAUUUAUUCAUUAUAUAUGGUAUUAGUAUUUGAUUAAUUAAAAGUUAUAUUUUCUAUGUGACUAAUAACCUUAUUCUAAAUUAGCAAUAAAUUAUUUUAAUAUAAUAAUGUUGAUACUCAAUAAAGCAUAAGAAAUGAAUGUUGUUAUUAUUUCUCAUUCGAGUUUUCUUCUGGUACACCUGCAUCAUCUUCAGGAGUGGAUUUAGGAGGGGGAAGUCCAAAAAAAGGGAGAAAAAAGAAAGAAAAAUAGUUGAUCGCCCAAAACACCUCAUAGGCUUUUUUGGGGUGUCUUGAAAACCCCCAAGUAGUGUUAUCUCGAUCAGCCACACUUUCGGUUCCCUUUCGCUCGCCCAUCCCCUUUUUCGGACAUCUCUGGAUCCACUCCUGAACUUUAGUAUUAUAAUUCCAUAUUAAAGCCCAUUACACGGAAAAGGACAUAGCUUGGGGUAGAAUACAAUAAAAUAAUGUUCUCAAUAUCCAAUUGUUCGGUUAAUGGAAGGCUGAAAUGCCUCGUAGGUUCUGUGCAUUGGUAACAUUUAGUAUAAUUUCGUUGUUAUAAUUAACUUUUCGUUUCAGUUACGUUCUUACUAAAGUGUUGUUUCUACAUUUAAGGAAAAUUUAAAAAAUGUGAUUAUAAUACCUGUUUUAGCAAGAUCGAUGACAAAUUUUCAUAUUUAUAUAGAACCUAAUAAUAAGUAGUUACUUUUUAUUCAUAAUUUUAUUGAAAAAAUAAUAAUCACAUCCAA